AUGCCCGAGACCUACCCAGUUGCACAGUCCAAACCCGCUCACCCCAACCAGGAAUCCCAGCUUCCCAGCCCACCAUUUCUCGACAUCGCCGGAGUUCCCAACUUCCGUGACAUAGGCGGCUACCCCAUCGCUGGACAGGACCACAAGGUCGUGCGGCGGGGCGUGGUGUUCCGGAGCGCGGAGCCGUCAGAGAAGGCCGCGGACGGCGCCGAACAGAGGAGGAAGCUCGGCAUCAAGCAAGUGUUUGAUCUACGGUCGCCGCGCGAGACUGGGGAGGGACAGGGUGAGCACAGCUAUGUGCGCGGGCCGGUUCAGUGGGAGGGGGCCGAGAGGUACCUGGCUUCUGUGUUGAUGGAUGAGGAUUAUACCCCCGAGGAGUUGAAAGCACGGACUGAUAAUUAUAUUGAUGAGGCGCCUGAGGGCUUCGCCAAAGCGUACCAACGCAUCCUCUUCGCCGGCUCCUCCAAGUCGAACAAGGGCCACAAGGACCAAAACGGCAACAUCGAUCCGCGACCCCCCUACGCCCGCAUCCUGCAACACCUCGCAUCGGCCUCUUCUCCACCUCCCAAGGCUAUCCUCCUCCACUGCAGCGCAGGCAAAGACCGAACCGGCGUGGUUUGCGCCCUGAUCCUGUCCUUGUGCGGCGUGGCCGACGAAGUCGUGGCCCACGAAUAUAGCUUGACGGACCUCGGCCUCAAGGAGCGCAAGUCCGCCAUUGUGAACCAACUGAUUCAGGCGGCGGGGCCGUUGUUCGACAAUCGGAAGGGAACGUACCGGAUGUUGUCGUCUAAAAAAGAGGGCAUGAGCCAUUUUCUGGAAUGGAUCCGGGCAACGUAUAAUCAGGCAGAGUUUUCAGAAGAUGCAGUUGAGGAAUGUGUCAUUAAGUUGGGGCUACUCGAGCUCAAAGACAUCGAGCAACUACGACUUAAUCUGGUCGUUGAUGCCAACGACGACACACAUAAAACGAUAAACUGGCAGGAGCACGCCGAGCUCGUCCACCAAACCCGGCAAGCCAAUCCUCAUAUGUAUGGCGAAUGA